AUGGUGUUACCUUCUGGUAACAUUGCCUCCGACGUCCAUGUAAAAGUAACAACUACGGAAUCAGAUGUCGACAUGGACAAACAGGAACAAGAGCUACGCUCACGUGUUCAUGCUGUUUCGAGACGGAGACGACCUUCAGACGACAUGGACGGAGCCGAGAGUCACACGAGUCAUGUCUCGCAUCAUUCCUUAGCGUCCAUGCAGCCUGCACCAGGCUUUGAAGGGCACCAUUAUAAGACUGAAGACAAUAACAGGAGUAAAUCGAACCGAUGGACAAGAAAGAAUGAGAAGAAGCAACAAGUCUGUAGCAGUAACAGUCGAAGCAACGAUAUUUACUUUGCUCCUCACUCUCCUGUUCCAUCGACAGUUUGUUCCAACCAACCAAGAACAAAAAGUGGAGUGUCUUAUGUAUCUGAGAGAAAAGGAGCUGUGUUGACUGAAGUGGGAGAGCCUAAUUAUGGUGUUCCAAUUUUUUCAAAGGAAAAAACUAGGUGUCAUCGCGUAGGAUUAGGACGAGGAGACGAGUUUGAUGAUGAUGAAGAGAAAGAUGUGGAAGAUGGAGAGAACAAGACAAACCCUACAGAUGCAAUGCACAUGUUUAUGAAUGGAGCUCCUCAUGUAUCCAUUGAAGAAGCGCAAAAGUACACUUUUGCGAUUGUGUUGAAACACACGGAGCAGAUUUUUCAGUUGUUGAAACGAAGAUUUCUGUCGCGCUCAGCAACAUCUAUUCGACGUGAUUUACCGCAUCAGGUGAGUGUUUUACAACAAAAAUGUGUGCGACGACUGAUUCAAGCUGGAUUAGGAGUGAUUUUAUUGGAUGAUGGACUGUAUGAUAACUAUUUAGACGACCAACGGGAGAUUGACAGAAAUCAUGGCUGGAAAAGGAAGGAGAAAGAUUUACCGAGGAAUUUGUGCAUCUUGAUUGAUCCCAAGAAAAACCCAGACUUGUUGUUGCAUGAGUUUAAGCGUGAACUGGACGAGUUAUCGAUCAAGCGCGGUGACUCGCUUGGGCGGCUGGCUGAGGAGUCGCUAGACUCGCUCAAGGAAAUGUGUUUUUCACCAGCACUGGAGCUGCAGCUUACACAUAACAUUAUAAAGAACGCGUUGAAAGACUAUGACAAGGAAGAAUGGGUGAUUGAUGUGAACAAGGAGCUUACAGUUACCGACGUCAUUGUGGAGUGUUUUCCUCUGCACGAUCGUGCUUUCAACCGACAAUUUUUUGACGAAUAUCGUAAGCGGACUUUUGAACUAAAUUUACGCAAAGCUGUGGCGGGUAACAGUGAUCGCUGGGCUGUGGAGGAACUCCGUCUCCACUUUGGCGAACGCGUAGCAUUUCUUUUUGCAUUCAUGCAUAUUUACACCAAGCAUUUAUUGCCACUUAUGCUGUGGUGCCUGCUCUACUACUUGAGCUUCCGCUUUAUGUCCGGUGCAGUGUGGAGAGAGUAUAUGGAAGGGUUGGCAGUCAUUGGUCUGUCGGUGGUCUGUUUUUGGGGUCCGUCUUUCCUGUACAUGUGGGUGAAGAAUCAGCUGACGCACGAAAUGGAAAAGGUUCCUAUGCAGCGCAAGAAUCACUGGAUUCAGCUUACCAUGUUGGUGUUUGUUCUAACAUGCGCUUUGAUUCAGUGCUUGUGUCUUGUGCCGUUUAUCCAGUGGUAUGUGUACGCCAAGAAUGCUCCCACGUGCGAUGCUUGCAACGGUGACAGUGAGGAGUCUUACGCUUGCAUCUGGUUUAUGACGUGCUUCAACUCGACGACCUCUGCAUUGGGCACGGAUCGAUGGGUGUACAUUCUUAUUCAAGGUAUUAUCCUUGGUUUACUUAUCGAUAUUAUUUUCUUCGAGCUUUUCAAUUGGAUGUCGGAGAAGUUUGUGCAGUGGGAAAAUUAUGCGAAGAAGUCUGACCACGAGAACCGUCUCAUUCACCGUCGCUUUGUAUUCGUCUGGAGCAACUGGUUUUUCUGGUUCCUUUUCAUUUCAUUUGUCUACAUGCCGUUUGGUGACAAGAUCCUGGAGCUUUUUCACCAGCUUGGUUUUGGCGCGCUGGCACCAUACGGCUGGAAUCCAAAUCUUCUUACUCUUGACACGCUAUUCGUCACUCCACUUGUGGUGACACAACUCCUGAACAUGCUUCUGGAGACGAUUGCACCGUAUCUACUACGCAAGCUCCGUGGUCGCCCAUCUAUUGGUUGUCGUCAGGCCUCACCCUUCACGUGGUGUGUGCGUCAUCUAUCGCGGUGUUUUCAUUUUGCGAAUUAUCAGAGGCAGUCCAUGCAACCUGCCAACAUCAGUUCCGAGGAGACUACCCGUGGUGUCAGUAGCCAGGGCUGGCUUGAAGUCUACGAUAACAGCGCUCCAGUCACUUACUUGACUGCUACUCGUCUAGCACAUUUGGUUCAAAAAGACACGGGUUUUCGUGUAAGCGUGAUGCCCAUGUCAGAUGAUUCAAACAAGUAUUCGGCCUAUGAGAUUUUGGCGGAAGUGAAACUGCCAAUUUUUGAUCCGGUAUUGGAUUACCUGGAUGCUUGUAUUCAGUUCUCCUAUGUGAUGAUGUUCACGGUAGUAUGGCCGCUGUUGCCGCUCCCAGCUUUUUUCAACAACAUUCUGGAAGUUCGCGGUGACGCAUUCCGACUGUUGUUUGCGAACCGGCGACCGAUGCCACGGCGCGAUACAUCGAUCGGCGAGUGGGCCACAGUUCUUGCAUACGCUAAUAUCAUCGGUGUGACUGUAGUGUCAGCUUUUGUAGUGGUGUAUCAUUAUGGAUACUUUCGAACAAACUGCAACUUUACAUUUAGCAACGCGUACGUGGUGUCGUUCGGAACAAUCGAGGCCAGUGAGACUGCUGAUCCGAGCGCAUGCGUGAACGACAGUGAGUCGGCACGUUGGCGCAUGUUCCAGAUUGUGCUGUUCGUGGUGCUUGAGCACGUGAGUUUUUGCGUUCGUUAUCUGGUGAUGCAGGCCGAGAAGACUCCUGCCUCAAUUCGUAGUUCAGGCUAUCAGCGGCUGAAACAAAUUCAGCGCCUGACUGCAACCCCUGCUGCUCCUCCCUCUCAGCUCGAGUACGUGCAACGUCUACGAGUGCUGUUUGAAAAGUACGAUAUUGAUGGCGACGGGCAUCUGGCGGAAUCUGAGCUGACUCAGCUUCUAGCGGCCUGGUUGUGCAAGCACCCAUCGGAGCUACUGCCAUAUUCGGGACUCAUUUUCCGCUACAUGGACAAGAACAAGUUGGGUAAAGUCCCGUUUUCUACAUGCUGCCUUAUGAUGCAGCACGUGAACCAUGACCGAUUCUUCUCAUGCCUGUUGGGUCUAUACGAUCCGAUAAAUGGAGCGUACAACGACGAGAUUCGCCGUACUUGUGAUCCCAUUGAGUUGCACCGUGUGCUAAGCGAGGUUUCAUCCGAGGUGCAGCAGCGCCGUAGUAACAUGAGUCGUGCAUCAGACGCGACGAACGUCUCGCGUCAACGUGAUUCUACCUUUUUUUACGUGGAUAACUAA